AUGUUGGGCAGUCACUCAGAAUUAAGUAUCGCACAGAUCGUGUUCUAUAUACCGGUAACGGUCAUUGCACUUUAUCUCGCAUGUUAUCGGCACAAGCGACCUCGCAUGGCAUGGAUUAUCCCUGACUUUCUUUUCCCUCGUUCGUAUCACUGCGGGUAUCUUGGUGAUCAUCGCACAGAAGUCUUCCAGUACUGGCGUGAUGGCUGCUUCAGUCAUAUUGCUCAAUGCUGGCGUGUUCCCCUUGAUCACAGCAACUUUAGGCUUUAUUCGAAUCAUAGUGGCUCUCGAAAGAGAGAUGAGCCGCCAAAUUCGGCUAUGUUUAGUCGUAUCCCGAGUCCUUUUUUAUCGUCCGGAUCGGACUUACCGUUGCAGGUGGAGCUCUAG